AUGCCAUCGGUAGCCCAGAGCGAUUCGUCGUCGACGGCGCCCUCGUCCAAGAAGAGGAGGCGAGACGAUAACCACCAGUCAACUCUGUAUGCGAACCUCAUGGUGGAGUUGGCUUUCCUCCCAACUAACGAUUCCAACGUCAGCUCUCCCAGCGCCGGCAACAUACCUCGCGGUAUCUUUGCCGACAAGACUGCUCUUGACAAUGGCGGCCUGUUCGAGCAUUUUCACUCCGUACCCUCGGCGAUUCGGAAGAUAAUCCCCCUCCCUCCCGGCAAGCGGCAGCGGACGACGGUUGACAUAGAUGUUGAAGGGGAGGGGGAACCCAUGCAGCGAUCACCGGCCAGCAGUCCCCCGCAGAAACAUCACCUACAGCGAGAGCACAACUUAGCCAGGCACGCAUCCCGGGAAGAGCUUGACGAGCAGAUCCGAGGUCCAGCUGUCCCUACUUCGACAUUUUUGAUGAGCCGCUGCCACAUCUGCUCGCGCAAGCCGAACAAGAAAUCCGACCUAGAUUCAUUCGCCGACUGCCAAGGGUGCGGCCAACGUACCUGCUACGUCUGCAUCCGUGAGUGCCUUGGCUGGGGGCCCAACAUACCACCGAUCGCCAGCACCCUUGAGAUAAUUGGCCCGAACCCUCCAACAAGAGCACACGCAACAACAUCGCUCUCAGAGGAAGGUGGCACCUCGUUCACCAUGCUCGACGCAGACGCCGCCGAAGACAUGCCUUAUAACCACCUGCCACCGACCGAAGCGAAAACGACAGGGGCGGGGGCAGAACGCCACGAACGAGGAUGGACAAGUGGCGGCGGACAUCGAGAAGUAGUGUGCAGCCGCUGUUGCGUGGAAAAGGGAGCGGACGGGGACGUGGUCUGUCUGGGAUGCCUGCCGUUUGUCGAGGGCUGA